AUGGCUGGAUCCUCAAGUGAAAUAAGUGAAUCUUUAAAUGCCUGGAUGAACAAUAAUUCUUCUAUCGUUUCUUAUGUCCUAAUAAAUUUAGAUGGCAUUCCUUUAAAAUAUAACGAUGAAGUCAGCUAUGAACAUGCCGUCAAGCAAGCUUCCUUAUUCUCAGACUUACUAACAAAAACAAAAAAGUGCGUCAAGGAGUUACUUCCACAAGAAAACGAAUUUAACACGAACUUAAGAAUUCGAACUAAAAAAGAAACAGAAUAUAUUCUAUGCAACUACGGGGACUAUUCACUAAUUACACAACAAAAUUGCAAAUACGUGCAAUUAAAUAAAAAUAAAUAA